GCGCUGCCGGGAAGGAGGAAGCGCGAGUGCACUCGGCUCCGCGCCCGCCACGCCGGGAGGCAGCACCGCGGAGCCGGGUUGCAUGAUGGAAUUUGAACAUUACCUCAAGAAGUUUUAUGUUUUGGAUUAGCUAAUUGUAUUUGUCCUCUGCUGACUAUUGCUUCGGACUCAUUUUUUGGUGUCCUUUUGAGGCAAUAAACCCAAAGAGAUUAUACCAUGGACUACAAGGAAAGCUGCCCAAGUGUAAGCAUUCCCAGCUCUGAUGAACACAGAGAGAAAAAGAAGAGGUUUACUGUUUAUAAAGUUCUGGUUUCAGUGGGCAGGAGUGAGUGGUUUGUCUUCAGGAGAUACGCAGAAUUUGAUAAGCUUUACAAUACUUUAAAGAAACAGUUUCCUGCUAUGGCCCUGAAGAUUCCUGCCAAGAGAAUAUUUGGUGAUAAUUUUGAUCCAGAUUUUAUUAAACAAAGAAGAGCAGGACUGAAUGAAUUCAUUCAGAACUUAGUUAGGCACCCAGAGCUUUACAACCAUCCAGAUGUCAGAGCAUUCCUUCAAAUGGACAGUCCAAAACAUCAGUCAGAUCCAUCUGAAGAUGAGGAUGAAAGAAGUACUCAGAAGCUACAUUCUACCUCACAGAACAUCAACCUGGGACCAUCUGGAAAUCCUCAGACACUAUGCUUCCCUCGCCGCUUUGGUCCACUUAAAGAUGCUAAACCAACAGACUUUGAUUUCUUAAAAGUUAUUGGGAAAGGCAGCUUUGGCAAGGUUCUUCUUGCAAAACGGAAACUGGAUGGAAAAUUUUAUGCUGUCAAAGUAUUACAGAAAAAAGUAGUUCUCAACCGAAAAGAGCAAAAACAUAUUAUGGCUGAACGUAAUGUGCUCUUGAAAAAUGUGAAACAUCCAUUUUUGGUUGGAUUACAUUAUUCUUUCCAAACAACUGAAAAGCUUUAUUUUGUUCUGGAUUUUGUUAAUGGAGGGGAGCUGUUUUUUCACUUACAAAGAGAACGAUCCUUUCCUGAACAAAGAGCUAGGUUUUAUGCUGCUGAAAUUGCGAGUGCAUUGGGUUACUUGCACUCCAUCAAAAUAGUGUACAGAGACUUGAAACCAGAAAAUAUUCUUUUGGAUUCAGUAGGACAUGUUGUCUUAACAGAUUUUGGGCUUUGUAAAGAAGGAAUUGCUAUUUCCGACACCACAACGACAUUUUGUGGGACACCAGAGUACCUUGCACCUGAAGUAAUCAGAAAACAGCCCUAUGACAAUACUGUAGAUUGGUGGUGCCUUGGUGCCGUUCUUUAUGAAAUGCUGUAUGGAUUGCCUCCUUUUUAUUGCCGAGAUGUUGCUGAAAUGUAUGACAAUAUUCUUCACAAGCCCCUAAAUUUGAGGCCAGGAGUGAGCCUCACAGCCUGGUCCAUUCUGGAAGAACUUCUAGAAAAGGACAGGCAAAAUCGACUCGGUGCCAAAGAAGACUUUCUUGAAAUUCAGAAUCAUCCUUUUUUUGAAUCACUCAGCUGGACUGACCUUGUACAAAAGAAGAUUCCACCCCCAUUUAAUCCUAAUGUGGCAGGACCAGAUGAUAUCAGGAACUUUGAUGCAGCAUUUACAGAAGAAACAGUUCCAUAUUCUGUGUGUGUGUCUUCUGACUAUUCUAUAGUGAACGCCAGUGUACUGGAGGCGGACGAUGCAUUCCUUGGUUUCUCUUACGCACCUCCUUCAGAAGACUUAUUUUUGUGAACAGUUUGCCAUCUGGAAACCGUUGAGCAAAUAUAAGCCUAUGGAUGGGACUGAAACUCCUGUUUGUGAAUAUAUUCAGAUAUGUUUAACUAGUGCCUCAUUUUUACAUGUAAUGUUAAAAACUAUGAAAAAUGUAUUUCCUGCUGUAUGCAAGAAAAUAGGGCAUUUCAAAGAGCUAAGUUUUGAAUUAAAAUUUGUAUUCUUGUUUAUUAAGCUUAUUUUUAAACAGAAAUUUUAAAAGCUGUUGUUCUUAGCAUUAACCUAUUUUUAAAGAAAACUUUUUUGCUGAUGACUGUUUUUUUCCCUCUAAGUUUACACUAACAUAUACCCAAGAUAGACUGCUUUUCAACAGUCUAUUUCAGUUCAGUUAACAUAUGUUAAUGCCUUUGUAACUCUCUACUUUGACCUUUGUUCUCAGAUCGGAACUAUGCAAUUGGUACAUGGUUGUUUAAGAAGAAACCAUAUCUUUCCAUGAUAAAUCAUUGUUUGACAUAAUCAGUUCUUGGUAGGAUUAAAAUGUAAAAGCAUAGUUAACACAUUGGCUGCUAGCUAACACUUUGAAUAACCAUUUAUUCUGCAGAUCAAAUUAAGAAGUAACAAAAGGAAAUUCUUUGCUUUUGAAAUACCAGUUCAAAUUUUUGAAUUAUUUUUCCUCUGGAGGAAAAGUAAAAGUUUAAUAGUUAGAAAUUUUAAGUAUUCCCAAAGAUCUGAAGAGUAAUAAAGUACUGCUGAAUUUUUUUUUAGGUGGUGCCAAAAAUGAAUGUCUCUGUGUCAUGUAUUUAUAUUAUAAAUACAUUCUAUUUAUGUUCUUUUUGGUCCCUUUGAAUGUUUAAUAUAUUGUUAAGUAGGUCUAAAUCUUGGUAUUUGCUUUUGCAAAUAGUACUUCAAAACUGUCUUCCUAAUUGGUUGAUAAGUGAAAAAUAUUGAACUUUCUACAGUAUUUACCUAAUAUGGGAGUUACAAAGUAGAAUAGCAGAUUCUGGGUCAGUAUAAAUGUAUACAGUUUCACUACAAUGUAACAAAAGUUAAAAAUAAUUCAGGCAGAUGCAUAGUCAGUAUCUUAUGUAUCUUAGAAAAAGUACAGGAAACUGACAAAAUCAUGUUAAAAACCAACUAACUUGUGUACUUGUAAUUGUAAAAGAGAAUACAGAAAAACUAAAAAAGAAUGCUUAUCUUGGAAUUUAGAUUCUUAGUUUACAGUAGAGAUUAUUAAACUCAUAUAGGAAACAUUGUGAAAGAGUUUAGUGACCCAGUUUAGAUGCUUCAAGAACAAGCAUUCUUUCUGUGUAUUUUCUCUUGAGAAAGAAAUCACAAAAGCAUUUCACACCAAUACUAUUUGGCUUAAAAAUGUUCAGCAGAAUGGGGGGAGGGAAGUGUGCUUUUGUUAGAUUAAUAAUAUUUGCAUCCAAUACACUGAAUCUUCCUUUAGAGGUAAGACUUUAAUAGCAACACUGUAAAUAUUUGGUUUAUUUGGCACUACUGUAAGUUCUGCUUUUACACAAAGCUUUUUGCUUAUUAUAAAGCAAAAUAAAAACUGUAGUUUCUUGUAUGAUUUUUUUUUACUCAGCUGAUCCUUAAUUAAACUGCCAAAAAUUAAAGUGCAAUACUGUAUAUUUUUAAGAACAAAUUUAAAAUAGAAUGUUGAUGUCUCUCAGAUCACAAGAAAUACAAAUCUUAUAUAGUAUAAUAAACUAGCAAAAUGA